AUGUCUGUUACACUACACACGGAUUUAGGUGAUAUCAAAAUCGAACUCUACUGUGAUCAAUGUCCGAAAGCUUGUGAGAAUUUCUUGGCCUUGUGUGCAAGUAAUUACUACGAUAAUUGUUUAUUCCAUCGAAAUGUAAAAGGUUAUAUGAUUCAAACUGGUGAUCCAACGGGAACUGGCAAAGGUGGACAGAGUAUUUGGGGUGAAUAUUUUCCAGAUGAAAUUGAUCCUCUUUUGAAACAUAGUCAACGAGGAAUCGUUUCGAUGGCCAGUCGAGGUGCAGAUACGAAUGGCUCGCAAUUUUUUAUAACCUAUAGUAAACAAGCGAAUCUUGACGGAAAAUACACUGUAUUUGGCAAAGUUAUUGAUGGAUUUGAAACUCUCGAUGAAUUAGAAAAAGUCUCGGUGAACGAAAAAACAUAUCGACCAGAAACAGACAUUCGAAUACAACGUGCUACUAUUCAUGCCAAUCCACUAGCUGAUUAG